AUGAUAACUCAAGUUCUGACCGAUGAUGAUAAUAUCAAUAAUGGUGUACUUGAUUUAAGUGUUAGAAAAAGAUUACCUGUAUUACUUUCUCCACCAUCGUCGACAGCAUCGUCUUGUUCGUCUUCCUCGAUGGUUUCUCCGAAAUUGACAGUGCCGAUUGGGAAACGAGCUUUAGACCUACCUGCGACGAAUCCAACAUCUAGAGUUCAACAGACAAAUAAACGACCGUUACGUUUCCAAUGUAAACAUUGUGAGUAUAAAGCACCAUCGACAUCAUUAAUGCAAAAUCAUAUCUAUCGUCAUACUGAUCUAACUCCAUAUUCGUGUGCUUAUUGUGGCCAUAAAUCGACGACAAAAUCGACAAUUAUGGUUCAUAUUGAACUUUGUCAUCCGAACAUGGAAGUGAAAAUACACGAAAAUCGUGUACGUGAACAAGAUUUCUACCGAGAUUUGAACAGUUCAGAAAUACCAAGUUUACCAACAACAAGUCAAGAACCAAAAAUGAAACGCGCACGUCAUUCAACUCAGCCUGACAAUGAAAUUCAACCGAUCAAUGGUGUUGCUAUUCCAAUGAAUACAAUUAUGAAUUACGGAAAUGAUCUGUCACCCAUUGCAAGUGAUGAACUGUACGACACUGACAAUCUGGAAUCCAUGCUAUUACCAGUCACAGAUGGAACAGAUGAUGACAAUGAACAAAAACAAGAAAAUGAAAUAUCUCCAGCAUUGAAAUUUAAAUGCACACCACCAUCAACUCCUCUCAUCGAUUCACCUUCACUCGUCGAUACUAAAGGAUCUGAUUCCGAAGAUGAUGGUGAAUAUCUUCUUGUUUAUAAUCGUCCAAAACAAUUCUAUGGAUCACUCUACGAACCAGAUAAACAAUAUGCGUGUCAAUUAUGUACUUAUACGACAAAUCAUCGGCCAAGUAUGGAAGAUCACGUCUUCGUACACACAAAUGAAAGACCGUACAAGUGUGGUUAUUGCGGCGAAGAGAUUCAUACGCGCUAUGCAGCUACUUAUCAUAUAAAAUACAAACAUCCUGGCAUGCCACGUAAUUUUAUACAAAAUAAAGCGGAUAUAACACAAUUUUAUGUGAAUCGAGCGAAAAAAGAAGAAGAAAAAAAUCAAUUUAAAGUUGUGGACACUCGUCGUGUGAAAGUUUCCUCUCGUAAUAACAAAACAAGUGAUAGACAACAGAAUAAAUUCGACCAGUCAGCAGAGCAUACUGCUCAACAUGACACUUCACCUUCACCGACUUCAUUCAUCUCUGUCCCACCAUCCAAAUCUCGAUCACCAACGCCAACACCAAAUACAUCUCAACCACUUCCGCCACCAGACUAUCGAUUUUUAUUAGCCUGGUCGUAUUAUUUGGCAACACAAGCUGCUUGCCUUUCGCCUCUACUGCAACAGCAAGGACAAUCGCCAUUCUCGUUACCAACCGAUCCAGAAGCAGCAGCGAAAGUUCUACAAGCUAUGCAAGCAAUGAUGAAUCCUUUAACAACAAUGCACAGUCCGAACAGCAAGAAUGAACAGAACGCUGUUGGAUCGAAGACUACAACAGCUGCGAUUGCCAAAGAGAAAUCUGACAAAUCCUAA